AUGGCCUCGUCCACUUUGGAUUUGGGUGAAAAGCCGGAGGAAAAUAACGAUGUGCGCCUGCCCAAGGAGCAGCCACCACCAGCCUUUUUCGAAUCGAAGACCUUCCGGAUAAUCUCGAUCUUUCUGUAUAUGGGCGGGAUCAGUGGCCUGGGAAUGGUGCUGGCCCUCUACUAUCUCAUGUUCUUCGACUCCAGCAUGCCGGACAUCCAUCUUAAGUUCCCCGUCUCCAUUGGCGGCCAUCCAGUGCAGAAGGUGCACGAGUACCAGUGA